AUGUAUACAACAGAUAUUAACACUCCUCCAAUCAUCGAAGCUAAGGAUCCAACUGCUGAUAAGUUAGCCGCGACAAUCGGAUUUGGUGUAGCAGCUACAGGAAUUUACGACAAAAUUCCGGAAAUUCAGGGUUGUCGUUCGGAUGAAGCAUCAGUGUUCCCAGAUGUGACAUAUUCUGAAUAUGUCGGUGAGCGACGUAUCAAUUGGAGAGAAGAGUUUGAAGAAACCUUCGCCAAUGAAAGAAAUCAAUAUCAUAGAAUGCGAAUGGAUUGGGAAUCCAUAGGUGCUCACCGUCGUAGAUUGAGAGCUAAAGUCAAUAAGAUCAGCAAAAACAAAUGGAUUCGGGAUUUCCUCCACCUCUUCUUGGACGGAAAGAUAAUGAAGGCAUGGAAGAGAGUUCGAAUCGUCCAGAGAGUGUUACGCGAAAGGGAGGAUGAUACAAGUUAUAGGAAUAUAGGAAACACCGCAAUGCUAGAAAUGGUUAUACAGACUGUUGUUCAAAUGCUCAUCGAACCAGAAGAAGGCUUUAAUUUACUCAUGUAUCUCACAACUCAUUCAUUUCCGGAGUGUGUUCUGAAUGAUAAGAUCGAACCUGCUGCUCCUGCCUGUUUUCAUAGAAAACAUGGAGAUUGCAUGUUAGCCGAGCUUAUUUUGAACUCAUUGCCUGCCUUGCCACAGCGUAGAUUGUUAGCUCAUAGUACUAUAUCCACUAGAAUGCGGGCCAUUCAUUUUGCAGCUUGUGCUGGUAACCCAUGCCAGCUGGACGUUCUUUUAAAAUUCAAUGUUAAUCCUAACUAUAUCGAUGCAACUGGAAGAUCUCCCAUUCAAUACGCGGUCGUACGUAAUCAUAGCAUAAUUGCACGUCAACUGAUGUGGCAUGGAGCCGAUUUGACUCUAUUCGAUUCCUUAAGACAACUCAAAUAUGAGCCAUUGCCCGAACAAACCAGAGCGUUCGUUUUCAUAGCGGAACGUUACAGAGCCCUGGAACGCGCAAUGUGUUCUUGGGUUAAGGCUUUUUGUGGUCGCAAAUGGAAAGUCAUAACUCCUGUGUCGUCUCUUCAUAGCACUCGAUUAGCUCUCUAUGCAGAUAGCAUAGAAAGCUUCUCCGAAACAAAGUCUUCUUCUAAACCUUCUGUCCGACCUAGGUUGAUAAGCUUAUCUUUAAGAACAGAGUGUUUCGAUGCCAAUUUGGAGAAGAACGCUGACCAACUCGUCUUGGUGUUCGCCAUACCAUUGAUGUUCUCUCCCUACGAUGCGGCCAUGCCAGCUUUGUAUCCACACGUUCUACGCACUAAACUCGUCAUAGACAAUGAUUAUCUAGGAACCCCUGCUCAGAUAUUGUCGAAAGAUCCCAUGAUCCGAUUCCAUUCUUCCGGUCGUGAGCAAACUCAUGAUUUACCCUCCAUUUUCCAAGAAGUUCAUAACGGCUUUGUGUAUGGUUGGCAGAUUCCUAAGAACAUCGACAGGAAGACUACACCGGUUUUAUCCCUUCCGUUAGAUCCUUCUCAGCUUAGUAGUACCAUGGAAAAACAUGCAAUUCUCUUCGUUCAAGCAUAUUCGGUUGUACUUCCGCCUCCUCCCAAACAGAAAUCAGAAUGA